AUGGGAGCUCUUGACAGAAUAUCUCAGAUCGGCGGCCAGAUCUCUGGCAACCCCACCGCCGGCGGUGUCGAAAAGAUUCUCCAGAAGCGACCAGAUGACAUCGUUGUCACCGCAUGCUGCCGAACUGCCUUCACCAAGGGAGGCAAGGGUGGAUUCAAGGACACACAGGCCGCUGACCUCGUGGUUGGUGUCCUGAAGGCCAUCAUCGACCGAUCUAAAAUCAACCCCGAACUCGUCGAGGAUAUUGCCGUGGGAACCGUGCUGGCCCCUGGUGGUGGUGCCACAGAGAUGCGCGCUGCCAGUCUGGUCGCUGGCUUCACCGAGGCCACUGCCGUUCGCACACUCAACCGCCAGUGCUCCUCUGGUCUCCAGGCCUGCGUCGACGUCGCCAACCAAAUCCGCGCUGGCAUGAUCGAGAUUGGUAUCGGUGCUGGUGUUGAGAGCAUGAGCACUCAGUAUGGUCCCAACGCUGUCUCGGAGUUUUCCGAACUUCUCGAGGGCCACAAGGAGUCUGCCAACUGCAAGGUCCCUAUGGGUGUGUUGUCCGAGGACAUGGCCAAGGAUCUUGGUGUUAGCCGAGCAUCCCAGGAUGCUUUCGCCGCCGCCUCCUACCAGAAGGCUGUCAAGGCUCAAAAGGAAGGUCUCUUCAACGAGGAGAUCGUCCCCCUCAAGGCCAAGUGGGAAGACCCCAAGACCGGAGAGACCAAGGAGAUUACCGUCGCCCGGGAUGACGGUGUGCGUGAUGGUAUCACCGCCGAGUCGCUCGGAAAGAUUCGCCCAGCUUUCGCAAAGGAUGGUAGCAUCCACGCCGGCAACGCCAGUCAAAUCUCCGACGGCGCUGCUGCCGUGCUGCUCAUGAAGCGCUCCACUGCCGAGAAGCUCGGACAGACCAUCAUUGGCAAAUACGUCUGCGCCUCCAUUGUUGGUGUCAAGCCUCUGUUGAUGGGCCAGGGUCCAUGGAAGGCCAUCCCCAAGGCCCUGGAUCUGGCUGGCAUUUCCAAGGACGAUGUGGAUAUCUAUGAGAUCAACGAGGCUUUCGCAAGCCAGUGCCUCUGGUGCGCCAACGAGCUGGGCAUUCCCCAGGAGAAGAUCAACCCCAAGGGUGGAGCUAUCGCCUUUGGCCACCCUCUGGGCUGCACUGGUGCGAGACAGGUGUCGACUCUUCUAUACGAGCUCAAGAGAACGGGUAAGAAAGUCGGCAACACAUCGAUGUGCAUUGGAACGGGUAUGGGUAUGAGCGCCGUUUGGGUCGCUGAAUAG